AUGAUUGCCGCAAGCGACACCUACAUCCUAUCGCCGGAAUUACUGGGGCCGAUAUUCAAAAAUCCAAAUAUAAAUUUCCGACAGGCAUUGUACGAAGAAAAUAACAUAAGAUGUUUGCGAAUUAUGGCCACGUUUGUUCCCGACAUGCUGAUUUGUUUGUUAAACGAAGAAGUGGAAUAUCGCAGCUACGAUUCCGUUGUAUUGAUGCUCCUGAAUAUUUCUGAUUGGCACACUUUACUGAGUAAGCUACGCAUGCACAACCAGCACGCGGCCUCCGAGGCUUUAAAAAUAAUCAAUUCCCACACGAGCGUCAUCAUCGAAUUGAUAGCUCAGAAUUACGGGGACGUUUUUCAUUUCACUGACAGUGGUAUUUUGGUCUUGUGGCAAGAAAAUAAAGAUGAAAGCAAGAAAUCAGUAAUCAAGAAAAUUAUUUCCUGCUUUUUCACUAUUAAGGAAUCGAUUGAACAUUUGGAAGCAAAUUUAUCGAAUGCAUUGCCAAUUUCAGUGAGAGCUACAGUGGCGGCAGGUGCAGCAAACAUCGCAUUGAUCGGUCGCGAAACUCCUCGCUCCUACAUCAUGACCGGUGAGGUCAUGUCGGCACUGAGAAGAUCGAAAAAACUCGCGGAACCCGGUUACCUCAUCCUCGACGAGAGCAUCUCGAAGUAUUGUCAGCUCAGCGAUUACGAAUACGAAAUUAAAUCGCAAAACUGCAUAAAGAUAAUAAGAAAACUUGAAAAGUCGAAUAAAAGUUCAACGUCGAGGAGACUGACAAUCGAGGAACUUUCGGAGAUACAAGAGGUUCCUUUGAUCGAUGAGAUCAGUGCGAGUGAAAUAACGACGAAACCGUGUCUGGGUUUUCUCAAGUGCGUCGGCUACGACAGAUAUAUUCUAGGAUGCACAAUAACCGAAACGGAAUAUUGCAAGACAGAAGCGUCGCGAAGUUUGAAAAAUUUUAUCAUCCCAUCCAUUUUGACUUGGAUAGACGAGGAUCGCUCGUUGAAAAGUUUAAUUGAGUGGAGAAGUAUCACCGUCAUUUAUAUCAAAAUGACCACAAAAAUGUGCACCUUGAAGCAAAUAAUCGAGAUCGCUAACGAUUGUCAUUCUCUCAUUCUGAGAAAUAAAAAGUCGACUCAUCGCUUUUCAUCCUUCGUCCUGCUCAGAAUUUGCAGCCAAGCAGCUUGGAUCGAGAGGCUGCGCCUGCACGACGACGGCCUGUCGUACCGCGUCGUAUUCGGCGCUCGCAACUACCUGAAAAACGUCAAUCACUGCCGCUUCGCCAUCGAGUGCGCUUGGCAAAUGGUCGACUCGAUGAGCAUCAUAGAUCGCGUCGAUCAAGUCACUAUGGGCAUUUCAACGGAUUUAGCUUAUUUUACAGUCAUUGGCCACGUGCGACGUCGUCAUUACGUAAUCAUGAGCCCAGUUUUAGCUAAAGCCAGAGAAAUCGCCAUUAUCGUCCCGAACUUUUACGAAUCCUCGAAGAUUGGAUGCGAUUUGAAUUCUGUGCUCUACAGUGGACUCAAGAGGAGCCUCUUCAAGUUCGAGAGAUUGGAGAACUUGAAAGAUCUGGGAAAAAAUUACAUUUACUCUUUGAGCAGAGAAGAAAAAAAAAAGGAGCUAGUAAAGGAUAAGACUUUCUGCAUUCUGGGCAGACGCCGUGUAUUGGCAAAAUUCGACGAUAUUCUCGACGACGUCGGCGUGGAAGGUCGAGUCUACUCCGGUAUUAUCAUUGAAGGCGAUCGUACGAUGGGAAAGUCUCGCGUUUUGGACGCUUACGUCUCGUUGGCAAGGGCCAAACGAUUCGACGUCGUUAAACUUCUGAUUCAUCCGUCGUUUGCCGCCUGCUCGCACAAUACGAUCAACAAGAUUUUGAUUCAGCAAACAGGCUUUGUUCAUUCUGAUGUUUACGUCGAGCGACGCAUUCAUGACCUUACUAGAGUUGUCCAGUACUGCGUGCCAUAG